AUGCUGUCAUGCAUUCCAUACAUAGUGGAUGAUGAGCGUAACGUGGGCCAAUAUUCUGAUCAUGUAUCCGUGUGGCUCGAUGCUCAUAUCGGUAAACCGGAGAACAAUAGAGAUCUGAAAGCUCUGUUUCGCAAGAUUACUCAACCGUUAGAAAUACUCAGUGAAGGGGAAGAAGAUAUUGACGAGCCGAUGAUGCUUGAUGUCAAUAUUCUCAAAUCACUACAAGAGACUGUUUACCGUCUGGAGCUGUUCGAUAAUGCAGACAUAUGUCUUGAAUUUAUCCAUGCUAACCGAGAUAAACAAAUAUUUUUCGUUUCAUCCGGUUCAAUGGGCCGUCUAAUCGUUCCGAAAAUUUUUGAGUUGCCGCAACUUCAGAGUAUUUUUAUAUUUUGUGGUGAUAUAUCAAAAAACAGCGUUUGGGCAAUGGAUUAUUGUGAGAAAAUCUCAGCAAUGGUCAUCCAUCAAGACGAUUUACUUGUUCAUCUAACAAAAUGUAUUGCUCAAUAUUUGGAAAGCAAAGGCGAUGGGUAUAUGGAAAAUGAUCAAACUCUUAGGGCAAAAAAUUGCUUUGCAUGGUCAAAAAAGCUGCUGUUGAGAGCUGAAAAAUAUGGACAUACACGGUUACCUAAUGACGUCAAGAAAAUUGAAGAGAAAAUUUUAUCCGCAGAAACUGGACAGCAAUCCUCGAUGGACUAUCAGUGA